UUGACUGCAGAUUGGAACAAAUACGAUGAUCGUUUGAUGAAAGCAGCUGAAAGGGCUGAUGUGGAGAAGAUCUUGUCUGUCCUUGCUAAAAAAGGAGUGAACCCCACAAAACUAGAUCUGGAAGGGAGAUCUGCAUUCCAUGUUGUAGCCUCAAAGGGUAACCUUGAUUGUCUGAAUGCUAUUCUUGUUCAUGGAGUUGACAUUGUCGCCACUGAUGUAGCAGGAAGGACUGCUCUGCACUUAGCAGCAAAAUAUGGACAUGCGCUUUGUCUGCAAAAACUAUUGCAGUACAACUGCUCAACAGAAAAUGUGGAUCUGCAAGGACGUACUGCUCUUCAUGAUGCGGCAAUGUCGGAUUGUACAUCCAGCAUACAGUUGCUGUGUGACCAUGGAGCCUUGGUGAAUGCCAAAGAUGCUGAUGGAAGGACACCCUUGGUGCUGGCCACUCAGAUGUGCCGUCCAGCUGUAUGCCAGUUUCUGUUAGACAGAGGUGCUGAAGUCAAUGCAAGAGAUAAGCAGAAUCGGACCGCUCUGAUGCUGGGCUGCGAGUACGGCUGUAAGGAUGCUGUAGAAGUUUUGCUCAAAAAUGGAGCCGAUGUUACUUUGGUUGACGCGCUGGGCCACGACUGCUUUUAUUAUGCACGAAUUGGGGACAGUGCUGAAAUAUUGUCUCUGAUAAAGUCUGCCUUUGAAGAAUCCAGCAAAGCAGGUUACGAAAUAAUGAAGAAAGGGCAGCAACUGAAGGUGCCUGGCAUGCUACCUAAAUGGACUCAACCAAAUAUCUUGGACGAAGUGAGCAAUAAACCAUUUCUGAAGGAGCACCAGAACGUACAGGAAUUAGAAAGAGAAAAUGAAGACUUAAAAGGAAGAGUGAGGGAAAUCCAGCAGGACCAACGAAUCCUACUAGACAGAAUAAAUGGGCUGCAGUUGCAGCUGAACGAGGAGCAAAUGGUUGCUGAUGAUCUUGAAACUGAGAAAGAUGAUCUUAGGAGGCUUCUGGCCACAAAAGAAAAGCAGCAAGAAGAGAGCCUGCAAAUGCUUGAAACUCUGAAGUCAAAACUCAGGUUCCAUGAGGGUGACCAUGCAGGAUCUGGAGGCAACCUUAAUAACAGGAAAGAAAAUGUACUGAUGAUGGAAUCAGGCUAUUCUGCAGGAUCCCAGCAAACGCUUGGUUUGGCGCCUGCUAAUCUCCAGAGCCGCUCAAUGGUGAGGCCUUUAGAGCUGUUAAGCCCAAUACAGUGUUGCCCCUCGGAGGCUGAUGCCCUCAAGCGAGAGCUCGGCAGCAUCAGGAGCUGUUAUGAGGCAGCAAGAGGUGACCUGAGCAGGCUCCAGGCGGAGCUGUCCCACAAGUCUGCAGAAUGCAAAGCCCUGGCAUCUGAGUGUGAAAGAAUUAAGCAAGAGUCGGACCAGCAGAUAAAACAACUGGAAGAUGCUUUAAAAGAUGUGCAGAAGAGAAUGUUUGAUUCAGAAGGGAAAGUGAAGCAGAUGCAGACCCACUUUCUUGCCUUGAAGGAUCACCUGACCAGUGAAGCUGCUACAGGUAGCACUAAGGUGACUGAGGAGCUGAAGGAGCAGCUGAAAGACAUGAAGGCUAAGUACGAGGGAGCUUCGGCUGAAGUGGGCAAGUUGAGGAAUCAGUUGAAGCAGAACGAGCUGUUAGUGGAAGAAUUCAGACGAGAUGAAGCAAGGCUGGUGGAGGAGAAUAAAAAGUUGCAGAAAGGACUUGGCAUGUUGAAGGUGGAACGUGAGAAAAGGGAGAGGACUUUUUCUGAGGCAGAAGAGCAGCUGAAGGAAACGGCAGUGAAAUGGGCUAACAAAUUUGAAAAGAUGAAGGGUUCUCUGUCCAACGAAAUUGAUGAGAAGGGCUGGAAGCUAGCAGAGUUGGAGAAAGAGCGUGAAAAGCUGUGCACAGAAGUUCAGCACCUGAGGAUGGAGCUUGAGAAGCAGAAAGCUCAGUUUGCUCACUAUGUGAAGCCAGAGGAACAUAAGCAUGUCAGAAGCAGGUAUGAGCAAAGGGCCCGUGAACUUGAGAAGGGACACUUGGAACUGAAACAAAAAAACCAAGCCUUGCAGAAGGCCGUAGAAAGGGCUCAGAUGGACCAGAGCCUCCUAAAGCAGCAGAUGGAGACCCUCAGGGGUGAGGUGAAGACCCAGUAUGUUCCUUUGAAGGUCAAUGAAGACACAAGGAAAGUGGUAGGAGAGCUGAACAAGAAGCUGACGGAAACCACUGAAAAAUAUCACCGGUAUAAAGGAGAAACAGAGAAACUGCUAGCAGAGAAGCUGUACCUACAGGAGAAGGUCAGUAAGUUUCAGUCAGCUUACGUUCCUCCUGAAAAGCAUGAGAAGGAGAUAGGAGUCUUAAAAUCUACCUUGGCAGACUUGCAAAAGCAGCUUGAUGAAUUUAGCAAAAGAUACAAAAAAGAGCAGGCCAAAGUUUCUGAACUGGCAACUAAAAAUGCAGCGCUCCAAGAUGUCAUGAAGGAGCAGUAUGUCUCUUCAGAAACUCACGAAGAGGCAAAAACUGCCUUGAACAUCAUGCUGGAAAGAACAGGGGAAGAAUUGUCAGACCUGAAGGAGAAGAUGGAAAAGGUGAAGCAGGAAUAUUUGAAAGUGAAUGAAGAGAACGAUGCACUGAAGCAGAAGUUGAGGGGGCUGCAAAGUCAAAUGCAGGCUGAAUAUCUCAAUACAAAAGACCAUGACAGUAAAGUCGCGGCUCUGAAUAAAAAUAUUCAGGACCUUCAGAGAAGCAACUCUGAAAUGCUGGCAAAGUACCAAGGAAAGCAAGAAGAAGUUGCCCAAUUGCAUGCAGAGAUUGAGGCCCAGAAGAAGGAGAUUGACUUGAUUCAAGAAUGCAUCAAGUCCAAAUAUGCUCCCCUUGCCAGUUUGGAUGAAAAGGAGCGGGACUUUGAGGCAACUGUAACGGAGCUGAAAAACCAGCUCCUGGAACAGGGGGAACAACUCAGAACAAAAGAGGAAGAAAUCCAGAAACAUAUUGAGGAAAUCAGAAAGUUAACAGCUGGGAUCCUGGCUGUCCAAAAUGAUCUGCAGCAAAACUAUAUCCUUGCAGAGAAGUACCAUGAAAUGGAGGGAAUGUUGGCAAGCAAGGUGGAUGACCUGAACAAGGAGUUAAGGGAGCUGCAGCAAAAGUUUGCUGAG